UUUAAUAGCAGAUAACUGGCAGCUGAGGCUAAUCGGCGAAUCGCCGCGAAUAUUAAUUUGUUAGCAAUGUUUCCAUGUUCUUAAUACACUUAUUGACAUUAUAAGUGGUCGCCUAAAAAGUAAUGUUUAAAAUUAUGGAAUUUUCACUGCCACGAUGAAGCGUAUUUGACAGCGACGGCUGCUCGCGGUCAAUAAGUGAGAUGUCCCAAAGAGGUCGUCUGCUUCUUUUCGCAGUUUUGUCCACGCAGCACAUGAGGCAACUUGACCUAUGGACGUAGUUGGCCGAUUAACCCGUUACUUUCGUCGAGUAUCUCAGCGCCUCAGAGCAAGAGCUCGGCACAGGUUGCACUAUUCGAGAGUAGUUUUAAAUUCUCUCGUCUACAAUGAGUUUGCCGACAUCUAUUACGUUGGCGACACGUGCAUGGAGCCGCUGUUUUGGAUCGUCGACCACUUCACGAAGGCCAUGGGGCCGAUAUUUGUCGCCACGGUUACCAUCGUGGCUUGCACCGUCAUAGCGAUCGCGUACGUGAUCGGCAUUCCCUACUGGUGGGAGAAUAACAAGUGCGUCCUUCUCGUCGCCCUAGUCAUUGGGCAUUGGCUCCUCAUCAACAUAGUCUUUCAUUAUUGGAUGGCUCUCACGACUAACCCUGGCACACCCCCAGAGGCAUCCCUGGCGCCAGAGGUGGUCUCAAUAUGCAAGAAGUGCAUAGCACCCAAGCCGCCCCGCACUCACCAUUGCAGCGUAUGCAAUUGCUGCGUUCUGAAAAUGGAUCAUCACUGCCCUUGGUUGAACAACUGCAUUGGUCACUUCACGCAUCGCUACUUCUUUAUGUUUUGCUCAUAUGUGCUCCUGGGUAUUGUGUUUCUAAUGAUAUUUGGCUACAGAAUCGCAUAUGAAGAGUACUUUUCCACCUUGCCAAUGCCAGCUGUUGGUCUUGCCAACUCAGAGAUUCAACUUGGUAACCUUGACAUAUCUGUCAACGUUACACUACAGGAUACACACGGGAAUGCCACUCACCUCAAUACCCGUAAGCAGGACUUCAUGAGGAAGUACUACAUCACAUUUACGGUAUUCAUCUGCAUAGGAAUUUUUUUUGCCUUGGGAGCCCUCACUAUGUGGCAUGCUCGGCUCAUCACCCACGGUGAAACUAGCAUUGAAGCUCACAUCAACAAGACAGAAAGGAUACGCCUUGGAAAAGAGGGUGUGGUUUACAAAAAUCCAUACGACUUUGGACCUCGACAAAACUGGAGGAUUUUUCUGGGACUUACCAAUGGCCGGACCUGGAAACACCUGCUGCUACCAUCGGCGCACCUUCCAGAGGGCAAUGGUCUCACUUGGACAACCAUUUACAGCGAGAGGUGGUGACCCAUAUACAGUCAGUAACUCCCCCCGUCUGAUGCAGGCCAGGAUGGGCAACAAGUAGCUUCCAGUGUUGAGCUUGCUAGCAAGUCAUGAUACAUCUCCAUUCCACACGUCAGCUCGCUGCUUGGCUGCAGUCUUUCUCUUUCCUGCAUAAGAGGCACAGUCAAACAGUCCAGAAUGUAUUGACAAAAACAGCAAAAGCAAUGACAUUAGUGCCAAGAACUAUACCAUUAGCUGCAAACGUGCAGUGCACAAAGUGAAAGAAAUGCAACUAGUAAGUGCAAAUCAAGAUGUGCCUUCUUUCAUAUGUGCAGCAGCAACUUGUCAACAUUUGCUCUCAUUUUCUUAGCUGUUCAUGAUAUAUACAGUGACUACACAGUUGUGGGUCCACCUAUUUUGCAAAAAAUUUGAAAAUUCUAAGCAAGGGGGUCAACUUGCACUUUCGCCGGUAACGUGCACUUUCGCCAGUAACAACAAGACAAACGAGAAAUCCGGGAUAUUACAGCAUGGUCACCUUACAGUUGCUUUCUGGUUCUACUCGUAGUGUAUGGCUAUUGUGUGUGCUUGUUUGAAACACUUUUUGUUUUUUUUUCCUCAGCUUUUACGGUGUGUCCUGUGCACGUGGCUGUUGUUGAUAACUGAGCCCCUGUUCGAAAGAGCAGCACUAGUGGCGGUAAACUGCAGUGAUUUGUUCAGAAGACAGUCUCGGUACUAUUUGGUAAAAGAGCUUGUCUUUGUCUUAUGAGAAUGUUUCUUAUUUACAACAGAUGCAUGCUACUGUUAUGCUAAAUCCUCAAUAAUGCUUCGAUGUCAAGAAGUUUUUGCCAUUCAUUCACAGUUGUGUUUUGCGUGGUGGGGCACAAGUUUGGAACUUCUGAAUGGGUGGUGUGACAGUGGUAACUGCAGCUGAAAUUUUCACAUGUGAUGCCAUGCACCAAGGUUUCCGUGGACCAAAGUUGGGACGCUUUUCAAAGCUUGCAACACAUGCGAAUGAACUUCGCAAUCAGUCUCCACUGGUAGCUUGGGGAAUGGCCAUGACAUGGCCUGUGUCUUCGCUUUGAAAGGGAAAAUACCAAAAACUCUCUUCAAGGCAAGUAGGGCUUUAAGGCGGACCACAUGCAGCGUUUUUGCUGGCAUUUUCUAGAAUCGCGUCUCUUGGCAUAGUCACAUAAACGCCGCUAGAGAGGGUGGCCAACCACAUGAAAAGCACUGAGGCCAGUGCCAGCCCAGCGUCGUGCAUUGUGUCCCAGAAUGAAUGAAUUUGACAUGUCUAAAAUUGAUGUGCAGUUUCCACAAUGGACCGAGGAAUAUUCCUGAUUAUAAGCUUUAUGUGUCAUUUGCAUUUUGCUGUGCAAGAAAAGAGUCACAAGUGCUGCCGAAAGGUCUAUUCUCCUUUAUUCUGCCUGUAGCAUCAGCUAUUGAGAUUAAGAAAAACGACAAACUCAUAAUAUAUGGCCUCUGAUCUUCAAGUUGUCACACAUCUUUGCGGCCACGUAUUCGGCCUAUACACUGAUUUCUGCCAAGCCUACCGACGAGAUCUCAAAAACAGGAAAUAUAUAUAGUAUGUACAGAAUAUAUUUGAAAGGUGUACACAGCACUUAAAAGCAGGCAUACAAGACAGAACCCAGUCUGCUCAAAAUAUCACUCAGCGUCGUCGUCUUCUCUAUAGUAUUCAUCUCUGGCGCCUUGUGGUAUCACCCCUAGCGGCAAAGGCACAGUCUUGGCGCUUGGCUGGUCCAAGUGAUAUUGCUUCAGACGAGUAACGUGAACAAUGUUCAAACACAAUCGCAGCUGGUGUUUAAAGGCUUGAGUUUAUAUGUGACGUUGGUGGCUUGGUACAUGACACUGCACAGAUCAGAGUACGGCAAAGUCAACUUCUCGCACAGGCCAACUCGCCGUGACAGCAUCCUGAGAAGGACCGUGCCACCAAGGUUAAAGUGGACAUCACGAUGUCGGGCAUUCUAGACGAGUCGUUGCCUUCCCUGUGAAUAGCUAAGACGCAGGCGCGCAUUUUUACGCGCCUCUAGAGCUCUAGAUACAUCAUAGUCGUAUUCUGAUGUGUGAGUAAUGGCAGAGAGGAGCAUGGGUUUUCAUCAAUAAUAUCAUGAGCUGUUUGCUGUCAAAGCUUCUAGGGAACAAUCUAAGUCAAAUAUAAGGAUUAUUUUAGUAUUUGAGAGCUGCAUAGUGCACGUCAACGACUCAAUAAAUCCAAGGCCAGUGGCAGCCAUUUUGGCAGCAGCAACGACGCCAUUACAUAAGCAGAAGUCGCUGCCAGCCACGCACCGACUGGUUUUUUGUUCAUUGAACUGCUUCCGGCGUCGAUGCUGGCGAUGUCUGGGACGUUCUGAGGAGGGCAUUUCAGCCGCCAUCGCUAGCAGCUUCGAUGCCAAGUCACACCCACCAAGGAAUGAAAUGCCAGAACAAUGCUGGCAAAAUAGCUGCAUGUGGUGUGGUUUGGCCUUUAGCAUUAAAGUUCACAAACAAGAUGAUGACUUCAGGGCUGAAAAGUAGUCAGUCCAGUGCACGGAGCAAGAAAGACAGGAGGGGAAACUCCGGGUUGGUGCCAGCGCGAGCGUGUGCGCCACGAUAAUGUCCCUCUGGGAGAGGAGGUUGUAGAACGGGCGCGCAGCGAUUCUUGCGGCGAUGCCCAGAACUAUUUGUCUUCCACCGCGGGAGGAGAGCACCCGAGAGUUGUCUGCUACAUCUGCUUCUCACCGACUUUACUAUGCUACUGGAUACAGCUAUGAAAGUUUUUCGCCGGUGCGGUUCGCCAAAACAAAAUGAAGCAAGUAUAACAUCUUAGUGCCAGUAUUUUUAAUUAUAUAUGUGGGAUCAGAUGCUCUGCAGACAACGAAAGAAAUGAAGUGGUAGAAUUUUUUAAAAAAUGGACGAUCUGCAAUCAUAGCUAGGCACAUGCCUAAAAUCACUCAUUGUGUAUCUUGAGGAUAUAUUUUGCACGUUCUUCAAUAUAACAGUGUCAUACAGAACUACUGCGCGGGAAAGCAAGAUGGACAUUCACGAAGCAUGUUUGAGCAGACGGCAAUUGAUUUGAACAUAAGAGCGGAGACUAUCUCGAGCUGUGAAUCAAUUAUGCGUAAAAAAAAGGUUUGACCUUUCAAUACUCUGUCUGACUAAGAACAGUAGCAAGAAUGGGCGAGGGCUAUAUGAAGAGGAGAUAGACAAUGCAAGCGAAGCGACUGCAUCUAAGAAAAUUAUUUUCGCAGCGGAAAGGUCGCCAGGCACAGCACUACGCUAAGUUUAAAUUUACAGACAUCCCUGACCAGCCAAAGAUCUUGUAACUCGCUGAAGCGGCGUCUUAAGUAUUUGAGCAGAGGUUUUACUUACUCGUGCCCAGAAAUGAAGCCAGAAACUGGCCAGAAUAUCGCUGAAAUUACUGAAAAAAGCAGCAACAAACGAGCGAAGGUAGAGGAUACUCGUCACGAGUCAGAAGUCUCCGACAAAUAUUUUACCAAACUUCCAGGCAAGCUACAUCGUGAAAAAAGCGUGGUUCUCAGUUUCACGUGUUUGGUUGUUGCAGCUUGGCAUGAACGAUUGGUUCUCAGGAAGUUUCAACAUAAAACAAGCUUCAGAAGAAAGCAGACACAUAGAAAAAUGUUUUUUUCUGCUUUUUCGUUUUACUUUUUAAAAUUUUUCCAAUAUAAAAAGCUCCCCUUGUAUGUUUUUUUUAUUACCGCUUUUUCUAUGCCAUGUUCCCACAAAUAAUAUUUCUACCCUCACAUGCAAAGGUGAAAGAGUGAAAGAGAACCUGUUUAGUGCUUGUGGACAGCUGUGCGAAAGUAUUGCGGUAUGGUCUCUCUCCCAAGGCGAUCUGGCUAGCAUAGCGAAAACUCGUCGUAAUGAUUUGCCGUCUCGUUUAGCGAGUGUAUCUGAACUGUGCACUAAUACACUGAGCAGCGAGAGUAAGCAUGCAAGCAGAUGACAAGAGCGGGCUCCACGCUUCUCACGUCUGCAGCUUCGGCGCGGCAGUUCGGCUGCGGUUCUGUAGGUGGCGCUGUCACGACGUUCGCCCCCGCUCCAGGGUGUGACACAAUCGCGGCGCGGAAAGGAGCAGAGUUUCUCUCCUGUCUACUCUUUCUCCGUGGUCCAGUGUCUAUGUACAAUAAUUUUAGCUGUGAAAUGUGCUCACUUUCUCUUUUUUUUCUUUUGUGUGUUUGACAUGCAAUUGUGAGGAUAUGGUGUGUCUACGUCAAGAGUCGUUUUUAUGUUGCUAAGUCAACUGUAGCCAAGACUGAAAGUUCCUCUUUGUUUUUCAAAAGAGUGCCAUAGUCUUUUCAGUAAGUCAAAAUGUUUGGCAUUGGUUAUGCAAUGACUGAAAAAAAAAAUCUCGAAAAAUAAAGUAGUGCUGCUAGUCUUCCAUUGCAGCACUAAUCUAGCAGGCAA